ACACUCAGAUCAGCAUAUCGAGACAUUUCGAGCAAUGUUAUUGGUUAAGUCCGUGUCUUUUUCCGGGACCAAUAAGGCGCGAAUUCAUCCCAGGUUACACUGCCUUUGCAUCACUGAGGUUUUAAUUGUCAGCCACACGUGGAUUUGUCUCUCCAAACCUCCAUUGAUCUUUCAUACAUCGAAAAGCAAUGGCAGACAAACCAAUUUGGGAGCAAAUCGGUUCGGGGUUUGUGCAACACUACUAUCAGCAGUUUGAUACAGAUCGCGUGAAGCUAGCCGAUCUCUAUACCGAUGCGUCUUGUUUAACUUGGGAAGGGGAGGGAUUUCAAGGAAAGGCUGCAAUCAUGACCAAACUAAACAGCCUUCCAUUUCAGACCAUUCAACACAUCAUCACAGCUCAAGACCAUCACCCAACUCCAGACAACUGUGUUAUGAGUAUGGUCAUGGGCCAGCUCAAAGCGGAUCAAGACCAAGUUAUGGGCUUUCAACAGGUCUUUUUGCUGAAGAAUGUAGAUAAUAAGUGGGUCUGUACUAAUGACAUGUUCAGAUUAGCUCUUCAUAACUUUGGCGCAUAGUUUAAAACUUGUAUAAGUAUUAACAGUCCGUGCAACCUUUGUAUGGGGUAGUUACACAUUUUACAUGCAAACGUGUUUUCUUCCUCCUUUUCAAACUCUCUUUCAUGUCCAUUAUUAUCUCCAGAUACAUUUUCAAAACAACUGUUUAUUAUUGUUAUGUGUUGUAGCAUGUCCUGUAUUAAUUAAAUAGAAUUGAUCAUAAUAAAUCUGAUUUUCAUUA